UCGACGAUAGACAAGUGCAAUAAUCCCUGCUCUCCUUCACUUUCGCCCAGGGUGGCGCAAGCAAUGACCGAACGCAGUGCACGACCACCAGUACAGCUCAUCCAGAAUGUCUACCAGCGACUCUUUCAUGAUGGUGUAACACUCUCCAAGCUAAGGGAUACACUCAGCCAAGGCCGUCUACAAAAUAACCAUGGCAGCACCGUUGGCGUACCGGGGCGUAGUCUGGCAUGGAAGAUGUUCCUCUUGCGCGGGCUGGAGCCGUUGGAGCGGCCAUCCGACGAGGUGCCAAGUGUACCGAUGGAGUUGCUGAGGGAGUCACGCAAACAGUUCUCGGAGCUCUUACUUGAGAAAAUGCGUGCACCCGAUGGAAGUUAUGAUGAAAGUUUCGUGGUUUCUGGGUUGACGAUACCGCGGCGGAGUAGUAGUCAGGCACCGCUGAAUCUCGAGACUAACAAUCCGUUGAGUCUUCACGAAGAGAACCCGUGGAAGGAGUGGUUCACUGCUAUGGAUCUGCGCAAGAUCAUCCAACAGGACGUCGAACGGACGUUCCCAGACAUGGGCUACUUUCGCAGUAACGAAGUGCAGUAUCAGCUCACCAACGUGCUGUUCUUAUACUCCGUCAUGCAUCCAGAUAUCAGCUAUCGUCAAGGCAUGCAUGAACUGCUCGCGCCCCUGUACUAUGCCAUAGACUUUGAUUCGGUGCCGGAGGCGCAUGAAAUAUUUGAAACGGAUUCGCUUUUUGCAGAGUUCUGUUCCAGAGCGUGGGUUGCGGCAGACUCUUGGGCACUCUUUUCCGCAGUAAUGCAGAAGGUGUCCCAGUGGUACGAAUGGCGCGAGCCUGCACCACCACCACCCACAGCACGCGGUCCGAUCAACUUGAAACCAUAUGUCCCUCCCAUCGUCGAAGCAUGCAAUCGUAUUCAGGGCAGUUUACUCAAGUCCGUCGAUCCUACUUUGUACGAGGCAAUGCAGAAUGCAGGCAUAGAAUCACAGAUAUAUGGGCUCCGGUGGUUACGACUGCUGUUUACGCGUGAAUUCCCCAUGGAUGAAGCCAUGAUGUUGUGGGACGGCCUCUUCGCAAGCUCGUCUCUUACACCUGACCUCGUUAUGUGGCUUUGCGUCGCAAUGCUUAUUCGCAUACGGACGAAACUGAUCCCGUCUGAUUACAGUACACAGCUGAUGUACCUGCUGCGUUACCCACCAUGCCCUUCAACAGAGCCCGGAGCCCCGCACCACAUUGUUCUACUCAUUCGACACGCUACGGCCUUGGAGAUAUCGCCCAAUCCAGCAACAGGGGCCACACUCAUGAUGGAAAAUCGGAAUUUAUUGAAUAUUCCACUAGAUGUUCCAGAUCCGCCGGUAGCAAGACGCAGACCUCGCCAACCGGAGAGAACUCAUCAGGCGACCUCCUCAGAGAGCUCCACUCCGGGUAUUUCUGGAAGCCAAGUGUUCUCGCCACAACUUAGUUUCCCGGAACUCUUUGCCCGUGGACUGCUUGAUCGGGGGGAGAGUCUUGGAAUCAACAGAACAGUCAUGAAUGCCGUUUCUGAGCUCAAGCGCAAUCUGCCUGACUUGACUUCUAAUCUCGUCCGUUCACCGUCUUUCGCAACUAGCACAUUCUCGGCAUACCCCCUCCUCGAUGAGAGGUCACCAGAGGAGCGUUAUAUCCGUAACCACCGCAGUGACCUGGAGUCUGCUCGGGAACUCGCCGACCUUCGCAGGCAAAAUAAACGCCUAGGUGAGGCCGUGGGAUGGGCACUGGAUAUUCUCGGUCAAGAGAGUGCGAGCGAUACUUAUCAAUUGCAGAGGAAGCAAGCUCUGGAAUCUCUUUCGUACAUGCGUGACGUAUUGACUGGACAGGUCGAGGAGGUAGAUGAGCGUCGAUUAUGGGGCGAAGCCGAAUUCAAAAGGAGAUGGGAGGUCCGAGAAAAAUCCCCAUCCCCGAGCAGCGAGUCAUCUCUGACUGGACGAGAUGCACGCUCUGGUACUACGUCUGCGAAGUGGACAGCAGCUCGAGAGAAUCGUCGCUUUUCGCAAGGCAAUACCAGUGGUGGCCAUCCCCGCUCUAUUACCGCGACGACUAUUCCACCGACCAGAACGCCACCCCUCCCUGCGACUCAUAAUCGUUCGCAAUCUUCUGGGAACGUGAUCCAAGGGUCGACGCGUGUGGAUGUUCAACGGGCGCCCUUCCGCGUGUCUGGAAACAACCCAUUCCAGAGAGUUUCCGGCGGGAGCAAGGUUGUGCAAGACCCUCCCAGCGUGCGGAGUGAGGCGGUCGAGUACGAUCCACUGGGGGUGUCCAAGUAGUUAGUUAGCACAUGAUUUAUGCUACGGUGCGGUGAUUAGAGCCGGCAGCCAAUGGCGACG